AUGACCAAUGAGUCUAAAACCAACCUUCAGGCCAACCUCAAUCGCGCCUCAACCUUAAAGCAAGUACUCGCACUAGGACCCGGGUCAAAGCGGCCGCACCCGCAAGACAUUCCGAAAUGGACAAUCACUUUCACCGAGCGCGACCUCGAAACGGUACAAACCCCUCACUCUGACGCCCUCGUGGUCACCGUCCAAAUUGGCAUCCACGAUGUCAAGCGUGUUCUCAUCGACCAGGGAAGUUCAGCCAAGGUUAUGUACUACGAACUUUUCAAGAGGCUUGAUCUAUCAGAGUCGGCACUGCAGCCAGCCGAAGUUCCCCUCAUCGGCUUCAACGGAGCACUUGUUUGGCCUCCUGGCUGA